AGUUCAGCACCAUUGUCUACUACAUUUUCUUUAAGGUGUAUAGCAUGGCUAGGAUUGGAAGGUUAGCAUCACUUGUAUUACUGUUGGUUUUACCAGCGCUGCUUGAUUAAGUAAACUAAUUGACAUCUCUCUGGCCUGAUCAUUGGAUCAGUUCAUUGUUAGUCAUUAUAAAGAGCUAGCUUGUGUUUGGUGUUUUGGUUCUAAGGGGUUGACUCUUUUAUCUCUUGAGCGGUAACGUCACAGCAAUGGCACCGUAUUAUAACAUUUACCACCAGCUCAGGAUUGUACAAUGAGGAGAACGUUGCAGUACCUCAUAAUGAUUUUACCUCCUUUUUUACUGAUCCGGUUAUGAGUUUGAUUAUUCAACCUUGAAGCAUGUAGGACUCUCACUGAAGGAUAUCACAAAACUUCCAAGGGUUGUGUGUGAGCGCCAAAGUAACCCCAGCCAUUCACAGACUGUCCCACCUGGACGUGAAGAGGCUUUGCCUCACACACUAAGAAUGUGUGUGCGUGAGAGACACACAACAACAGUGUGUGAGAACAGACAGACAUGAAACAUAAGUCGCAGUGAUGUUACCAACACAAGGCAUAAAGGAGUGGACCCCUCGCUCUGCACCCCCCCCUGUCCCCUAUGCCAAAAUCAAACCCCCUCCAUCAUCUCCAUCCUGACCCUGCUGUUUGGUCCUCCCAUCCCUAGGAGGCAGCGCAGGCAGAAGGAGGAGUACAUGGAGAGGAGCUUGGAGCUGUCUGAGGGGUUGCUGUCCAAGGCUUUGAAGGAUAUACGUUCAGGGAGGCUGCAGGAGCAGCGUGCUGCGUUGCUUUAUGGCAUACCCCUUCAAACCCUGAGGCGAGGUCUGGACAGCUGGGCUGAGGGAAGGCUGGGGAUGAUCCAUCAACUUGCACCAGGAAGCAAAGAUUUCAGGGAUGAAGUGACAUCAUACAAUGUGAUGUCAUCAAUGUUGGGCGGUGAAGCCCGUCUUGUUCUGCAGAAGGUGGCGGCUUGGGCAGAGCAGGCAGAAAUCGGAGGAGCUGCAGAGGAGAAUGGAGACUUGAGUUUCCCUUCAUCCUCUCUUACCUUUUAUCAGCCGAGUGGUCAACUGAAAACCCUCCCCCAUUCCUUUCCCCAGCUCAGGGAUGCUCUCCAGCCCCCACCAAGCCCCACUCCCAGUCUGGAUCCACCCACGUCCCUGCGUAUUCCUCAGGUCCGCUCCAUAUCUGACCAUAACCGGUCAAUCUCAGCUGAGAAUGGCAGCAUGGCUGAAAACCUACAUCAACGUACCUCAACAGAGGCUACUGCUAGUUCAUCGACAGCUACUGCAAGACCUUCGUCUCUCUUCAAACUCAGACCUCCUUUCUUACCACAUGGCUGUCCAGGCAGUGCCAACCAGUCACCUCAUCGCCUGGGACCACGCGGAUCCUCACUGGAUGAUUCAGAAGAUGGGGCAGGUGGCCGAGACAAAGACAAGCAACCAAGAAAGAAACGUGGCAGGUACCGCCAGUACGACCAUGAACUGUUGGAGGAGGCCAUCACUAUGGUGAUGGGAGGUCGCAUGAGUGUGUCCAAGGCCCAAGGGGUUUAUGGGGUGCCCCAUAGCACACUGGAAUACAAAGUCAAAGAGCGUACUGGAACACUCAAGAACCCGCCCAAGAAGAAAUCUGCCAACUUUGGUUCAUCCAAUUCCAACUCGUCUGGUUCUGGUUCCAUGACGGGUUCCACUAACUCAGGGACUCUUGCCUCAGCUGCUGACGCAAAGAUGUUCUAGACCACAAAACGCCUCUAGAACUCCUCAACACUUGAACUCAUCACCUCUGACAAGAUACAUGUUUUCUGGAGACACUUGUUUAAACACAACACAUGCCUUUACAAAGUAUAUGGAUAUUGAUAUUCAGGUCUUUUAACUGUGUCUGUAAUGUGACAGUCAUACUUUUAGCUGUAUUUCUCUAGCUUUGUCCUGGACUCUGAUUAAAGCAGCUACGAGGUACAGCAUUUUACAGGAGUCAGUUGUGCUCAAACACCUCGUAGCUUCCGUUUUUUUCCCUAAUGCCAAAAUCACACAAAGCAGUGGCAAAGUGUGGGCUGUGACAAGCUGCCAUGUAGUCUCUAUGGAAAGUUGCAGGAGCCACUUUGAGUUGCAUGCAGAUUCUGCAGUGGAGUGUGGCCAGAUAAUAUCUGCAGCCAAUCAAACCGAAACAGAGUCCUGUAAGUUAUGUAACAAAGAUUUUCUUCCAACCUGAAACACAUAAACAAACUUCACAGCCGCAGAAAAAGGUAUUUAUUGCCGCGAGCCACACUUUGUCACUAAUUGGUGUUUUUGGCGUAACACUAAAAGAUCUGAAAGGAUAUGGCUUGUUUUAUAUUAUGUUUACAGUAAUCAACAAAUCCUGCAGAAAGACCAAAAACUAAAAUGGAAUUUUAUCCUACAAUCAUGUGUUGUCUGUGUGGCCAAGCCUGAUAUAUGAAAACCUCUCAUUGGCCAAAUAUCCUUUAACAGAAGUGCACUUUGUCUGCUCAAAAAGUGUUGUUUUUGUCUUAAACUUUGAUCAGGUAUCACUGAAACUUUGCUGCUUUUUUCUGUUACUUAUACUCAAUUGUUCUUAUUAUCCUGUGCUGCUGUUUUACAGUUGUGCACAAGAUUAUAUGUACAUACAGUAAUAUUUGGAUGACAAUAGAUUUCUUUGGCACAGGAGUUAAUAUACACUUUAUGACUCUGUGGAUACAAAGACCAUACUUUCAAGGAUAAAUCAGUUUGUUUUGGUCUUAUUAGGGGAUUUGUUGGUAAUAACAAUAUAAUAUGACACACGCAUUAUCCUUAAAGACCUUCAGGAAGUUCUCAUCUUUGUUUUUAUGUCAUUAUGAUUUGUUUUUUUCUUCAAAGAGAAAAACUGACAUUGAUUGUUAUUCACCAAAUCGCCCAGGACCAAGUAUGAGAAACACAGUAUGUGGACCUCCUAGAGCUAAGAAAUAAAGUGUGACUCUCAUGUUUGCUAGCUGUUAGGUUAUUAGGUUAUUCAGGUUUGAUUCAAUUCUUAAAGCUCCUUCUUAAUGGAGCGUUGAUGAUUGUCAUUUGCAGCUUUCUAUCUCUCUCUGGGUAUUUUUACCUAGGCUACUGAAGUGACUUAGAGCCAUUGUAACAGAUUAAAAACUCAUUGCUAUUGUUAGACACCUCUAUAAACAGGGAGAUUGUACAGUAUAAACUGCUGUGGUGGCUACAUCUUCAUUAUGAGUUUUUGUUGAAGAGAUUAGCUUAAGAAAGCCAUUUUGUGUCCCCAGUCCCAUAGUUCUCCUCUCUAUUUGUGCAAGCUAGUCUGAACAUUGUAUUGAGUGUAGUUGGAAUGCAACUGUGCAGCAUGUUUUAAAAUGUGCACUGAUAAGCUUGGGAAAUGUAAGUUAUUGUGUAUGUGUACUGUUUGUAAAAGAUGUUCUUUUAUUAUCACAGAUAUUUACUAAUUCUGCUACUGUAGCUGUAUUACUGUAAACCUCAUACAUGACUGCUGCUUAAAACGUUACUCUACUGGAUGGUUUCCCUGGCACAAAGAGGCGUAGCUACAACAAAGAAGCCUUAUUCCCCUAAUUCAAAGGCGGUAUGCAUUGCAAUGUGUGUAAAGCAUACACAAUGUAGACUGCAGAUUAGGAUUUAGUGCAUGGAUAGGGUUAAAUGUUGUUGAUUGUGUACUGGAGGCUACUGGAGGUUACAGUAGAUUUUGGUGUGACAAUGACUUGAUUCAGUGCAAGUCUUACAGGCUUCUUUGUUUGUGUCUGGGGGAAAGGCUAAAUGUUGCGUCUACACUCAUGUCUGCCUCUGAGAUGGGACUUUUUCCAUUGACAGUGCUACUACCAAAGCAGCAGUUCAGGGUUACCCACACAAAGCUGCUUCAAUUUGUUUUGCUGUGAUGUCAGCCUGCCUGCCUGUCUCUCUCUCUCUCUCUCUCUCUCUAACCUCGUUGCCACAUAUACCUCUGAACUUUAUCUGCCUAUAGUGUCAGAUUUCACAUCAAGGCCUCUGUGUUAUGAUACUGAAUCUGCUGGGGUGUGAGCUCUUAUUAUCUUAGGAACAUUUCUGAGCUGUUUGUCUCUCAUGCAACUAUUCAUAGGUGUAAAUAUAUUGCCAUCAACAACACUUAAACUUUUUCAAGUAAAUGAUUAUACACUUAUCCAGCCAUUUUGUUGUGAAAUAAUUUUUUUAAAUGGUUUUAAUUCUGCCCUGUGGCAAUUACGGGAGAUCUGCCAUGUUCUUAACUUGCACCAGGAAGCAGAUUCUUGGUUCAAGUGUUUGUCCUAGUUGAUUAUCUUUGUAUCUGUUAUUUGUAGUUUGAAGGCUAAUUGUAAAAGUAUUUAAUUUUUUAAAGCUUUUUUGGUCAUAUUGUUUGGCAUUUCAACCUUUUGUAACUUGGCAACUAUACAAAAACUGAUGUCUCCGCUCCUGAAUGUCUCCGCUGUUAUCAGUGCACAGUGCCUGUGUCUGGGGCUACAGCAUAGUGCAGCAAGAUGUCUCUACUCUGGGAAUGAUCUGCUAUUUAUAUCAAUGGGCCAGUUUGUAAACAAGCCCAAACACCUCCUUGAGAAAUAGAAAAAGUAUUUCAUUGUGAAAGUUUAAUUGCAGUACACACCUGGGCUUGUUUUCAGACUUAAAGCUUAAGGCAUAGUAUGUUUUUGGACUGAACUGCUGGUAAUUCUUUGAAAUGACUAAUCUGCUAUUUAUGCAUAAAUCAAUUAUUGCACUAUGAUUUAUAACAAGCAUUUUAUUGUAGAAAUCCUUUUUGUGUUGUUGCUGCAUACUUAUUUAUUGAUUGUGCUUCAAAACUGUGAUUUUAAUAGUUUGAUUGUUGUAGUUCUUGAUUUGUAAUGGGGCACUUUGAUGCAAUGUGAAACGUGUAUUGCUGCAUGAACGCUUUUAAAUGUUAGCCCGUAUAAUUUAUUUAGUCCUAAAAUGACACCCUUGACUAUCGUGGUUGUUUAGUGCUUAUGUUAAGAUUAAAAUUAUUAAGGUGAUUUAAAAAAAAAAAGGAAUUUGGUUAUCAUAACAAACUCAACAGCAACACUACAGAAUGUAACACUCCUACACUGCAUCCGGUCCAGUUAAACCCUGACAAGGGCUGGACUUAAAUUGAUGGAAAUAUCAUCCAUUAUCAAACACUUAAGCAAAUGUUUUAAUAUUAAAAUCAAUUACUUGUUUUUAUAGUGAAAUGAAUCACUCACAGGACCUCAUUUAGUUGAUUUCAAUAUUAGACUUUUUUUUCUGAGCUGUUAGGUUUGUUGGUGGAAGUGCUGUUAAAGAAAAACAUUUUGGUUUAAGCGUUCUACAAUCGUUCCUUCUGCUUUUAGCAGAAUGUUAUGGUUUGCCUUCAGCAACUCAUCAAUAAAACAGUUCUCUAAUCA